GUCUUGCAAGUUGCACAGUUUACGAAUUCGUCCAUCUGCACAUAAUUUUGGGCCUGUGAGGAUGUCAGCCGAGGAAGACGACCAAGGCGGGCUGUGCCUGUGCCAGCAGGAUAGCUAUUUGAGGAAGCUGGUCACGACAGUAGUGAGCUGCGCCAAGCUGGAGCCGCCCCCAGCGCCGCCCAAGCAGGAGGGCAAGCGCGGACCGGGACCCGGUGGCAAGCCGGCAGGCGCCGCCGAGGCUGCUGGCGUGGCUGCGGCCGCCCCGAGUCCCCAGCAGUACGAGGUGUACUUGGCUGAAAGCCCAUUGUUCCCGGAGAGCGGCGGGCAGCCGUGUGACCAAGGCGUGGUGACGGUGCUGGCAGACACAGGUGGCGCCGACGCCGCCCAAACCGUCAUCAAGGUCAUGGCGGUAGCUUGGAAGGAAGGCCGGCUGGCGCACACAACUGAUGUGCCACUGCCACCUGGCGCACGAGUGGAGGUGGCUGUUGACUGGGCUCGGAGGUACGACCACAUGCAGCAGCACACGGGCCAGCACGUGUUCUCCGCCGUCGCCGACCUGCUGCUAGGCGCCGACACAGCCAGCUGGGAGCUGCACCCGCUGGAGCCGGCGGCGCACGGCGGCGGCGACUACGGCUGCGUGAGCGUGGACCUGACCGUGCCGUCACUCACCGCAGAACAGGUUCUGGAGCUGGAGGCGCGUGCCAAUGCGGAGCUGCGAGCCGUGCGGCGCGUGGAGCCGCUUGUGCUGGACCCACGCUCGCCGUUGGACCUGGAGCGAAUGGAGGCGCUGCGGGCGGACCCCACCUUCCGCGGGAAGCUGCCACCGCCUGAAAAGAUCAAGGGCGGGCGGCUGCGGCUGGUGCACGUCGAGGGACUGGACAUCAACGCCUGUGGAGGCACACACGUGCGGUGCACUGGCGAGGUGCAGGUACUCAAGGUGGUGGGCGUGGAGCGCACACGCGGCCAGACACGUGUGCGCAUGAUGACUGGCGGGCGGGCGCUGUCGGCCCUGGCUGGCUGCCUGACGCGUGAGGCCGCCCUCACGGCCAAGCUCACCGUGCCGCCGUCCCGCCAAGAGGAGUUCGUUGACAUGCUGCUGAGGGACCGGCGAGACGGCGCGAAGGCUCGGAAGCUGCUGGCGGCUGAGCUGGCAGCGCUGCUGGGGAGACAGCUGGUGCUGGCGCCGCCGCCGCCGCCGCCGCCACAGGCUGCAGCUGCGGCGGGACAGGAAGCGGCGGCACAGGCGGCGGCGGCGGCGGUAGGAGCGGGGGCAGCAGCGGGGCCCGCAGUGCGCUGGGCGGCCCUGCACCGGCCGGCAGCGGACCUGGACUUUCUGUCACUCAUGGCGUCUGCGGCGCUGGAGGCCUCGCCGGCUCUGCAGCUGCUGCUGCUCACCACGGAUGACUCGGAGCCGGGGGCGUUGCCCGCGCCCGCGCCCAAGCCGGGUGUGGAGGACAGUGUCGAGUUGACGUUCCUGGUGGCGGGCCAGCCUGACCUGGUCAAGGCUGCGGGAGCCAAAGUGGCGGAGGCGCUGGGGGGUCGCGGAGGCGGCCGGCCAGGCAGGUACCAGGGGAAGGCAACGGGGAGCUACCGCUUGCCGGCGGCGCGUGCGGCCUUCGAAGGGGCGGUUGCUGCGGCGGGGCUGACUUGAAGCGGAGUGCAGCUAGCACAAACUUACUUAACUCAGCAGCUCCAACUUGCUUUGUCCUUCUUUGAGAGGUAGCUGUGCGUGGUCUGGGUCGGACCAUGCAAGU